GAGAAGAAGCGGCAAAGCCGCGAAGGAAAGAACAAGAGACUGACAAGACCGAGGAGGAAGAACAUGAUGAUGGCGUAUCUUUGGACCUUCUUCCCUGGACUGCGUCAUCAAUUCAUCUCCAUCUAUUAGAGUUCUCAAUUUGUUGACAGCUAGCCUAGCCACCACACUCACCCGGACUCUAGUCUGCAGCUGCAGCUGCAGGAGGAUGAUAGAUGACGCACAGGCACAGCAUUGACCAUGAACAUAGUCUCUGGUUCUCCAUUGAGGAGGAGCUCGAGGGCCAGCUAUAAAUAGCCACCCACGCCACGCAUACUUGAGCGCAGCACAGCGGAACAUACCCCCCUACACAUCAUCUGCAUUUGAAGGCUAACCGCGCGCUUCAGGCUUCAGAGAGAGGUGCUUGAAACUCUGCAGAGCGCUCUCUUGAAAUCCUCCUCCGUUUCUUGUUUAUUUCAAGUUGAGGUUUCGUUUAAAUUUGGAUCUUGCACGUUCCGACAUACAAAUGCAUUCAUAACCCUCUUCUUUCUCUCUGCAAUUUUGGCACUGUUCAUACGCUCGUACUAAUAAUACUUCAAUCAUGUGACACAUGUGUUUUCUGAACCUUAUUUUUGUGGUUUCGGAUGCAUGUGUGCAGUGCAGAUCGGCAAGAAGGCGGCGGGAUAGAUGGAUCGGGUGAACUCGAACCUGUGCCUGGAGAACCUGCGCAUGAUGCACGCGAACGAGCGGCUGCGGCGGAAGGUGCAGCAGCUGGACCAGGAGAACAAGGCCCUCCUCGCCGAGCUCAAGCGCAAGCAGCAGCUCGCCGCCGGGGCGCCGGCGGCGACGUCCCAGGACGCCCCUGCCGCCGGUUCCGGCGGCGGCCACCCUGCCGCCGGCAAUAGCUCGAAGGCGGCCGGCAAGCAGCAGCCCAAGUGAAGUGAUGACCAUCCAGAUGACGUGGAGGCCGCACUUGUGUCUUUUGUUUGUGAUUACUAGUACUGCUAGGUUGCUAGUUACUCGUAUUGUGUAGGCAUGGUUAGUUAACUUGUACUGGUACUAGUAGUAGUAGUAGUGCAUGUAGGUGAUGAGGGAAGUUGGUUCUAGCUAGCUAGAUAGAACUGAUGAUGAACCUGCAGUGGUAGCAGCAUUUUGUGCUGUUUGUCAGCAGUGAUGAAACUGCUCUACAUACGCUUGAAUUGUUUGUUUGAACGCUUUGUUAUCACAGUUCUCCAA